AUGGGCGGCAAGAAGUCGCGUCUGAGCAAAUUUACCGAAGCCGACAAAGAAGUGCUCGUGCGCAUCGUCAAAGACGCGCAGAGGACGAAAAAAGCCGGCUCGGACGGCACGUUCAAUGAAUUCGUGGAAAAACACGCGCAGACGGAGAAGUUGAAGCACACGCACGAUCCUAAUAGGCACGAUUGGAAGACGUUGGUGAAAUUCGUGGAGAGCGUCUUGGGAAAGGAAGAGGAGGAGGAAAGGAAAAACGAAAACGACGACGAAGAAGAAGACGGAGAGAUUGAAAAGGAGAAAACCAAGACUAACGCGACAAAGACGACGAGUAAAGAACAAUCAUUCGAAGAGACGAUUUCUAGACACGCGAAUUGGCAAAAGAAGAACAAGAAACGGCAGGAGUGGAAAGUAUGGCACGAGAGCUGCGAAGACGAGAAGGAAAAGUACGGCGAGGAAGGUUCGAAGGCAAACGCGCUGUGGAAAUUGGUGAACAUGUGCGAAGAGAGUCAGCAAUUCGACGAGAACUACAAUCGAUUUCCUUCGCACAUGGACAGUUGGUUGAGGACGAGUUAUCGACCGGGGAGGUGGUGCGUGGAGAAGAACGUGAGGCCGAGGAUGGUGGCGAUUGAUUGCGAGAUGUGCGAGACGACGACGGAUAAUAAGGCGUUGUGCGCGGUGUCCGCGGUGGACGAAGAUGGAAAUAAGUUGUUAGACGCUUUGGUAAAACCACCGGAUGCGAUUAUAGAUUAUAGGCACGAAAUUACCGGGUACACGGAGGCGGAUUUUAAGGACGUGACGUUGACGUUGGACGAGGCGAGAGCAAAACUGAUGCGGUUGUUGGAACGAGGACAUGUGGACGACAACGACGGUGAAAAAGAAGAAGGAGAAAAGGAUAAGGAGAAGGACGUGCACGGGUGUAUUCUCGUUGGUCAUUCGUUAUCGCACGAUUUAAGAGCUUUGCGUUUGGACCACAGGCCAGUCAUCGAUACGUCUUUGUUGUUUUCGUUCAAGGAACUUCCGAGAGCGACGCCGGCGUUGGCGGAUUUAUGUCAAAUGAUUUUAGGAUACGAAAUGCGAGAGAAAGGAUCGGCGCAUGAAGCAUUCGCGGACGCUUUGACCGCGAUGAAAGUCGUAGAAAAGGUCGUGGAAACGAGCAUAGCAAAAGCUGAAUUUAUUUUGCCGGCACCGGAACGGUUGUUAGUGUUAUUCGAAGCGAGAAGACAGACGGCGAAGGAGAAUAGGAAAAACGGCACGCCGGAUAAGAAACGAAAAGGUAACUUUGAUGAGAACAGCGGGAAAGUGACUAAUCGCGUUGCUGGUCGAACGCUCUUCAUCCAUCGUCUCCCGCGAGGUGUUAAAAAAGAAGCCAUAGAAUCCAUCUUUGAAAACGUCAUCAAGACGAAAUUAGAAAAAGAAGACGAGGGCAGUCACGAAGUCAUUAAAAUCGAGACGAUUAAAGGAAAGUUCGAGGUGGAAACCGGCGAAAACGCGCAAGAAAACGAAAGGGUGUCUGUCUUCGCAUCUUCCGAAAGAAGCGUCGUCCCAGCUUCCAAGCACGCUCCGACAACUUCUGCUUACGUGGCGUUCGAUUCGGUGAAAUCCGCCCGCCUCGCUUUCGAACGUCUCCACGGCGCCUUGAGCAUCGACGCUCUCGGCCGGCCGCAAAAGAAAGCCAAAAUCUCCAAACGUUUCGGCUUCGAAAAGUUAAUAUGCGUUCGCAACGACACGAUCACCGAAAAGGAGGAAGAACAAGUCGCGAAAGUUGCGGAAGAAAAAGAAAAAGCGCCUCUCGCGUUUCCUCCGAGCUCGGCGCAAAAGAAAAAGCCGAGACAACGCAAACCGAAAACAGUUUCGCUCCCUGGCGAUACCAAGUAG